UCUCACACAUACACAAACACGAACAAAGAAGAAGAAGAAGAGGAGGGAGGGCAACACAGGUAAAGCCAUGGAGUACUACCAACACACCAACAGCGGCAUCAGCAACCACGGCGGCACAAAGGAGAAGAGGCCACCGCUGAAGAGGGGGCAGCUGAAGCGGCAGAUCAUCAGGACCAUCAGCAACCUCGUGCUGCCGAGGAAUGACGGCGCGGGCGCAGAGAAGCGAGCAGCAGGUCGCGCCGGCUUCGGCACCUACAACUGAACCUCUCCAAACCACAUCGAUUUUCAGUCAAGGCUCUAGAGUCUAGACUAGAGCAGUACCUGUACCUGCUGUACACGUUAACUUCCUCCCAUUCCUUCAGACCUUCCUUGGGUUCUUAAUUAGGUUUUUUUUUUAGAAAAGAAAGAAGACCCCGGCCUAUGCGUCUGCAGGGUUCUGAAUUAGGUGAGAAACCGUUUCAUACUAGUGUUAUUUUGGAUUGUACGAGGGAGUAGAGAGGUUAUGUAAAUUUUCUUAUGCGAUGGAUUGCGCUGUUGGUUGUAUGCAUCCAGUGACGCAGAGGCCCGGGUGAUCCCUUUUUCGAAAGAAAAAGGAUGUUCUGUUCUGUUUACUACGCAGUAGCUUGCAACACAGAAGGCUCAGUCGAACAAGGACCCAAGGGAACAAAUUUAAGACUCAAGGAAAGUAGAGGCUGGCAGAUACUUCUUGUAUAGUCUGAUUUUACUUGAAAUAACAAGUUUCUCCGUUGAUUUUCAUAA